AUGAAUUCAGAAAGAAAUAUACGAGUUUAUGAAAAAUUUGACGAUUCAAAUCCUAAAGAUGAAUCUAUUGAUGGAGAAAUUUUUUUGUCAGCACCUGAAAACCUACCUAUGAGAAAAAGGGUUAAAAGGACUGACUCUGACUCAAGUGAUAAUGAAUCCACUAUUGAUGGAGAAUUUGAAUUUAACGAUCCUAAUGAAAAUGACUACCACAACAUAAAAAAUAUUCUCUUAAUGUCAAAAUACUCUCAAAUUAAGGGAAUUCAAUUUCAUGAAUUUGUCGAUCUGAUUUGUAAUCAAGGUAAUAUUGGAACAACUGUUGCUAUUUCCGGCAAUAUUAUUGCGUUUUCUACGAUCCUAAAUUUCCGUCAAUAUAAACACGUUUUGAACAAAAUAGUUGAUUAUUUAAGUGGCAUUAUUUCGAAAAGUCACAACAAAGAUUUUGAAAGUCUUUUUAAUUCUGUAAUUUACAAAAAAAAUGUUGGAUUAAUGAUUAACGAAAGAUUAGCAAAUUCUCCUCUUGAAAUAGUACCUGCGCUUUGUAAUUGCCUUAAAGAUGACAUACAAUGGACUAUAGAUAACUUAUAUAGUGUUAUUCCGAGCGAUGAAAGAGAGUAUUACGAAUGGGAUUAUAUAAUUUUACUUACGACUAGAUAUAUUUCAUCCGAUGGUUCUACCAUUAUAUACCAAAAAUACGAAGAAGAAAAGCUGGUUAUUAAUUCCCUACAUACUAUUAUUUGGAAAGGAAAGAAAAGACAACUUUGUGGAACAGGUAAGAAAAAUGAGACGGAACUAAUGAAUCAACAAUUUUUGCUAUCAAUGAUAGAUUAUAAUCAAUUUAAAAAAAACUACAAUUAA